AUGUUGUUAAAUGGGAAGAUUGCGAUAGUGACAGGAGGGGCUCGAGGAAUCGGUGCUGGAAUUGUCCGAGCUCUUGCCAAACAAGGUGCAAGUGUUGCGUUCAACUAUGUCUCCCCGUCUUCUGAAGCUGCUGCUCUCAAUUUGUUGCAGGAAGUGAAGGCUCUCGCGGUUCGUGCAGCGUGCGUCCGCGUCGACAUGGCAUCUCUCGAGGCUCCCUCUGUUCUACUGGAUACCGCUUUCAGAGAGUUCCAAACCGACAAGAUUGACAUCCUGGUGAACAACGCGGGUGUUGGUGGAAAUGCACCACUGGAAGAAGUCACUAUCGCAGAAUAUGAUCGGUUAAUGACAGUCAAUGUCAGAGCAGUCAUCUUCAUGACUCAAGGUGUCUUACCUCACAUCAAUCGCGGCGGUCGUAUUGUCAAUUUGUCUUCGAUAUCCGCUCGCGGAGGCUACCCAACGCAGUCCAUAUAUGCCGCGUCUAAGGCUGCUGUCGAGGGUCUCACACGAGUCUGGGCUACAGAGCUGGGCCACAAGUAUGGGAUAACAGUGAAUUCAGUCAACCCUGGCCCUGUCGACACUGACAUGUAUCGUGCUGCGGGACCAGUCCAUCUCGCGAGGAUGGAAGAACAGAACCAAAAGGUUCCCGCCGAGCCCCGAUGCGGAACGGAGGAGGAUGUCUCAGAUAUUGUCGUAUUUUUAUGCGAGGAAAGGUCGCGCUGGGUGACCGGGGAUACCAUCUGUGCCAAUGGAGGCAUGGUAUACACAUAA